ACAAAAGUGGAGUAUUUUUCACACAUCUAGUCUUAGUUUCUGUUCAGUUUUUUUGUUAACUAUAUAACAACCGAGGUGCUUUGAGUGUUAAGAGGUCUUUUAUUUUGAUAGGAGACGGCAUCAGAAGCUCGACUAUUUUUGAAUCUACAGUGAUGCCUGCCGACUUGCAGGCUUAAAUAAUCAAGCUCGGAGCUACAGAUGACGUUUUGAAAGAAACAGCGCGAAUUCCCCGAGUUUUCAAUUAAUGGCCAAAGUCAAGCUCCUGCUAUAGUUCACAGCUUCUCAUAGAAAGACGGUCGCAGAAACACCACCGUGGCAAAAUUAAAUAACAGCUAUGACCACAAAGAAAUUGGCGAAGGAAUUAGGAUUGUUGAGACAGCGGAGCAAGUCCUCUGUGUCGAAAAAAUCUGUGGUAUCAAAUCAAAUAUUUUCUUAUCUGAUUGUGAUCGACUUUGAGUCCACUUGCUGGAGAGAGAAAAACAACCGUAGCCAAGAAAUUAUUGAGUUUCCUGCUGUUCUGCUGAACACGUCCACGGGGGAGGUGGAGUCUGAAUUUCACACUUAUGUUCAACCCCAGGAGCACCCCAUCCUGUCUGACUUCUGUACUGAGCUGACUGGGAUUACACAGAUGCAGGUUGAAGCAGGGAUCCCGCUACAGAUCUGUCUCUCGCGGUUCAGCCGUUGGCUCCAAAAUCUUCAGCUCGAAAUGGGAGUGGCCUUUGCCAACAAAGACCAGAGAUGUUCGGAACCGUCUCAAAAGCUGUGUACUUUCCUCACGUGGUCAGACUGGGAUCUUGGAGUUUGUCUGCAGUACGAGUGUAAACGCAAACAGCUUCAUAAACCUGAUGUUCUCAACAGCUGGAUAGACCUGAGAAGCACAUACCGGCUUUUUUACAACAGGAAACCCAAAGGCCUGAAUGGAGCUCUUCAGGAUCUCGGAAUACAGUUUUCGGGCAGAGAACAUUCUGGUUUAGAUGAUGCCCGAAACACAGCUCAGCUGGCAGCAAGAAUGAUGAGGGAUGGGUGCAUAAUGAAGGUUACUAGGAGCCUGGAGAGUACCCCAGUGAUGGCCAAACCAGUGUUUGGAAACACUGCCUGUCCUGCAGACAAGAAAGAAAAACCUAACGAGAAUAAAAAGGAAAAUACAGUCAUCCGUAGCAAACACUCAUCAUUUAAAAUUCCCCUCAAAGCUUGUCAAAAACAACCAUGUCCCGAGGAGAUUGCUCAGAACUUUGCCAUAAAGAAAAACCCAAGCUCCAUUCACGAAUCUGCUCAAAUCUGUCAAAGUCUGAUCUCACCAAAGACUCUUCUGAACAGCACGACGGUGCCACUGUUGAGGCACGGCAGGAAAUCAGUCACAGCAGAGGCUGCCCCUAGCCUUUCCACCUCAGUUGUUACAAACUGUGUUUCUCCCCAGAAUAACAAUAGCAGUCUUAUUCUGUGUUCCACUACCGUGAGCUGCUUUUCAAAUCUGUCUCCACCAAACUGGGCCUCAAAAACAGAAGCAAUGCUUGGAUCCACAGAGAAAGAGGAGGGUGCGGAGCUUUUAGUGGAAACUGAGGAGAGGUGUGGCUCAUAUGACGACGUGGUGUUGGAGGGUGAUGUUAAUGAAGCAAAUGAUGAAUGUGAUGCAGAGUACAUAUCUGAGUUUGAUAGUGGAUCUUAUGAUUGGUUAGAGCAGCAUACUUCACAUUCAGCAGGAAGUCGGCUCACUUUGAAGGAUGAUAUGAGAGAAUCAACUGGAAAGAGCUCUAAAAUGCAAAAGAUUACCACAGAUUCUACCAGUAAAGGUCAAAAAUCUCAUUGUUGUAUCUUAACAGAAACGAACAACAGAACAACAACAGAAAUGAUGCAUUCAGUGACCUCAGAUAUUUAUUUUGCUCUGCCUAAAACUGUUAACAUUGGUAAAUCAAAUCAGUGCAACACAGGACUUAGAACCUCCCUCCAACUUCACAAAACAUCUUAUGUUCCCACUAAGAACUGUUCAAUUAGGCCUAAUCCUUUUGUCCCAGAAAAAACCUCCACCCCCAACACGUCCUUUGCCCGGCCCAAACCCGCCAUCACACAAAUCCCAAAACAUAAAGACACUCUGAGAUCCUCCUUUACCAUCUACACCGAGCCGACCAAACAAGCUACAGCUCCCUUGCGUCCUUCCUCACACGGCAGUGUCCUCUCCUCUUUGUCAACCAACGCUCUCUCCUCUCGUGCCGACCGUUCCAUCAUUUCUGUGAGAGGAGCUCAGAAGAUCACUUCUCCACUGUGCGCGUGCGGCCGUCGUGCAAAGUGUCAGGUUGUGUCAAACGGCGGUCCAAACCACGGUCGAGGGUUUUAUUGCUGCCCAGUCCGCCGAUCAGGCAGCGGAGGACGGAUGGAGAAAGGGUGCGAGUUUUUUAAGUGGGAGUCGGCCGUGAUGAAGAGCGCAUCAGCGGCCACUCCUGCUGUCGGAUCCUCUGUUUCACUCUGUCAGCUCAACUCCACUGUGUCCCAUCGUCCAACCCACACGCCACUGCUAAGGAAAAGCUACUGAAAUCCUCCAUCAUACAUUAGUGUUAUUGGUGGAAAGGCUAGUAUUAUGGCAUCAAUGCUCAAAGAUGGUUAAUCGUGCAAAAUCAAUCGGUUGACAGUUUGAAAUGUUUCAUUCAGUUAAUUCUACUUCUGUUUAUAAAUCACCGAUGACACGAACUGAUUUAUUUCUUGAUCAAUGUCCUCUUGACAUUUAAAUCCCCUCUGAAGGGACGCCGUAUUUAUUCCACUGGCUCUUAUUUCAGAGCUCUCCUUUCAUGAAUUAAACACUUGUCAAAUUACAGCGUUUAACUGGCAUCAUAAAUACUGAAAUUAUUGAUUUGAUAAUUGGGAAAGAAAAAGUUUCUUUAUCUGUUUCAAGUCACUGCAAAUUAAGUAGUUUAAAGACUUGGGUGCUUUAUUCACCCAUUCCCAAGGUCAAGAGUGCUGCAGCCCAGCAGCUUCACUCUAAUCAAAACACAAGAGUAGGUGAUGCACUUCCUUGAAAAUUUUAUUCAAAGAUGCAAACAACACAGACUAUAAAUCGCUAACGCUACACAGUCAUAUGCAAAGUGUUAUGGCCAAUGUAUGACCCACCUGUCCCUGGGGCACAAGAGCAGUAAGCUUAUCUCAGAGUAAUGAGUAAUAUCACAAACUAACCACCUCUGAUUACCAGUUUUAAUUAACUCUUUAUAUAAAUAUAGGCAUUUAUAUACAUUUGUAACUUUACAUACUUGUUAAUAAUUUUAAACUGAAUUUCUGUUAUCACUGUGGUCCACCUGGAGAACCUUUGAGACACACCAGGGGGCCCUGGCCCACAUGUGGGAAACACUGGAUUCAUUCAUUACUGCAGUGAUCAAUAACUGGGGCCACUCAAAAGAGAAAAUAAUUUAUUAUUAUGUUGUUUAUAUUAAAUAUAUUUUUACAUUUGAAUCAAGGAUCCAUGAAAUUCUUUUAUAAUAAUAAAGUUGAUGAUAUUUGUCUGCAGGUAGAGAGGAACCAUGAUCUUUAACAGAGUAUAGAAAGUAUUGACCACCAGAGGGCAACUUCUCUGUUGGUGUUUAGAAUAUCACAAAAACAACUAGCUGGUAUAAGCAGAGUGUGGAAAAAGUAACUACAUAUAACAAAUGUUAGGGAAUUCUGCUUGUAUUGCAUUUUUGAAAUAAAUAUCAGCUAAUGUAUCAGAAUAUUGGCUUUUUAUAUCGCUAAAUAUUGGUAGAAGCAUUGGUCCUAAAAAUCGGUCAGGUCAUGUUUGAAUCUGUAGGAGCCAGAACACAGGCUGAGUUUUAGCAGCUCAAAUAAUUCACUCAAUGACAAGCAAUUCAGUGUAUAAAUGUCAUGUAAUUAGUUUGGUUAAAAUUCUGUCUCUCUCCAUUAAUAUGAAAAUAUUAUUAAAAAUGUGAGACUGUUCAUUUCUUUGUAAGCUAGCAAACUUACAGAUUCACCUGGGGUUGAAAUAAUUAUUUCCUCAACUAUUUCCACUGUGACAUAACCUAAUGGUUACAGAUGGUCCCAGUUUGAAGUUUAAGCUUCCAGUUGAGUGUUGCCACCACUACAAAAAAUCAGAUGUGACAAGGAAAGGCGGGUCUGACUGUCAAACCACACACUGGCUAAUGACUUCUGACUGACAGCUCAUUAGGUAAUAAUAAUGUGGUUUUCAAGAUAAUCCCGUGACCAAAAUUUAAAAAAAAAAAAAAACGACUUUAUUUAUUCAAUGUGUUCCAAAAUGAGUGACUGAGCCCAUAAACUCGAGGGGUCGUGUCAUGGUGAUUUUUCCAUAGACUUCAAUAGGGCUGGAUGACUUUUUGGAACCACAGGCAUCGACUUCUAGUGGCUUUCAGAUAGUGUUCAGGGUUUUUUUUUAUACUAUCACAUAAUCUACAUGCAUGCUUUCUACCAUCUAUGGUUGUACUGUUGGCUAAAAGAAAUCAGUAACUCUUGUGUAACAUUGUCUGUGAAAUUGAGUUAUUUGUAAACACUGAUUCCUGAUAUAAAU